UUUAUUUUAAUUAAGAAAAUAAGAAAAAGAAAAAAAUUCACUCCAAAAUAAAUGUAAGACUAAAGUGAACAAAAGAUAUAAUAUUUUAGUAUCCCUUAUAAAUUAUAACUAAAUGAUAUUAUGAACUUCUCAAGAGGUUAAGAUCAAAUGUAUAAUGAAAAUUUACUGGAAGAGGUAAAUGACUUCUACAAAAAAUAGUUUGAAGAUAUUAAAGGAAAACUGCAAUAAUAUCAUUUAUUUUAAGAACUUAAAGAAAUUGAUACUGAAAAAAUCAAACACAAUACAUGCGCUUUAAUUGGAAAAGAAAACACAUGGAACUUAAGUCAUAUUUUUAUGAAUAAUGGUUAUGACAGUAAAAAUAAAUCUAUAAAAUUAAAAGAAUUUAGAUACUGCCAGUCAAGUUUACUAAAAUAAAGUCAUGAGUAAAAUUCAAAUAUCAGUAAAUUUUAACUUAGAAUAGUGAAGUAAAUAGAUACUUAACAUCCAAAUUCUUCUUCUAAAUAUGGUAAUUUCAUAUUAUGUCACUUUUUAUGUCAAGGUCAGCUGAAAAGUUUUGUAGAUGAAAAUAAUACCUCUCAAUAACAAUAAUAAAAUAAUAACUCAAGUAACUAAAAUUAAGAUUAUUCUAAUAACUCUAAUUAAGCAUAGUUCAUAUAAUAACCUACGGAAGAAAUCAAUAAUGACUAAUAAAGGUUAAGAGAUAUUAAUAAUUAAAAUAGCAUGGCAAUUAAUUAAUAAGAAUAAAACUAAUAAACUUCUUAAAACGAGCAAAUAAAUUUGAAUAUAAUUAACUAAAACGAAAUGUAGCUUAAUAUUCAAAGCAGCUCAAUUGGUUAAGCAGAAGGUAUAAAUGUAGUUCCUUAAUAAAAAAUAGACUAAGUUGAGUAUAAUUAAUAGUUACCUAUUAAUUAAGAGAUACCAUAAUCAAAUAAUUCUCAAAAUAUUCAUAGUAAUUUAAGUCAUAGAGUCUCAAACAGAGGAGAUUUUAAUUGCAAAUAAGAAUAUGACUAAUAAUCAGAGAUCCAAAAAGAUUAGUACAUUAAAAAGUUAGAAAAUAAAGUAUAAGCUCUUGAGGUUUAAGUAAAAGAUCUUGAGUAUCAAUUAACAGUUGAAAAAAUAUAAAGUGCUAAAUAAGAAAAGAAAAUUUUUCUUUUAAGUAACCCUGGCUAUUAGCCAUAUAAAAAGCUUAAAAAAGAUGAUACAAAAUCAAUAGACAUUGAUUGA